AUGUUGCAUUUAAUCGAACGUUGGACACAAAAAGUCAUUGAAGAAUUUAAACAAAAUGAAGAGUAUUUUAAAAUAGUCUUAAAAAAGAAAUGGGAUAAAAAGGAAUUGAAAGGUAUUACAUUAGAUGCUAGUAAUUAUCAAACAAAAACAUUAUUUGAUAUUAUUAAAAAGUUAAAAGAAUCAGAUUUAAAUGAAAAACUUAACAUGUUAGCGAAAGAUGUUUUGCUAAAUGAUAGUAUUAAAGAUUCAAUUGAAUUAAAACUAAAAACAGCGGAUUUAAUUGAUGAAUCAUUACAAACAAUUAUGCUUAUUGAAAAAGUUCAUCAAUAUUCUAAUGAUAAUCGUCCUGCUAACGUCAAAAUAAUACCACCCAAAAAUACAAAAGUUAGUAGUAGCAAUACAGAUACAUCAGCGUCAUUCUCGGAUGAUGAAAAUUUC